UGUGCUGGGGAAGAGAAGCGGGUCGGUACGCGCACCGUGGUGGUCGGGCAUCGUCCGGUUUCGGAAACGGAUGCGUACGUGGCACAGAAGUUCUGCGACAACAGGAUCGUCUCCUCCAAGUACACCCUCUGGAACUUCCUCCCGAAGAACCUUUUUGAGCAGUUUAGAAGAAUUGCCAACUUCUACUUCCUCAUCAUCUUCCUCGUGCAGGUGAUAGUGGACACCCCAACCAGCCCGGUGACCAGCGGCCUCCCACUCUUCUUUGUCAUCACUGUCACAGCUAUCAAACAGGGAUACGAGGACUGGCUGAGGCACAGAGCUGACAACGAAGUGAACAAAAGCAAUGUCUUCAUUGUCGAAAAUGCAAAGCAGGUGCAGAAAGAGAGUGAAAAAAUCAAGGUUGGAGACAUAGUAGAAGUGAAAGCGGAUGAGACCUUCCCCUGUGACUUGAUAUUUUUGGCCUCAAGCAGCAUUGAUGGGACCUGUUACGUCACUACAGCGAGUCUCGAUGGCGAGUCCAAUUUCAAGACUCACUACGCGGUGCGGGAUACCACCGUGCUCUGUACGGACGAAGCCAUUGACGCCCUCACCGCCACCAUCGAGUGCGAACAGCCGCAGCCCGACCUCUACAAAUUUGUUGGAAGAAUUAUCAUUUACAGAAGCAACCAAGAGCCUGUAGCCAGGUCUUUGGGUCCUGAAAACCUGUUGCUGAAAGGUGCUACCCUCAAAAAUACCAAGAAGAUUUAUGGAGUUGCAGUCUAUACUGGAAUGGAAACGAAAAUGGCUUUGAACUACCAAGGGAAAUCUCAGAAACGAUCUGCUGUAGAAAAAUCUAUCAACGCUUUCUUGAUAGUGUAUUUGUGCAUCCUAUUGAGCAAGGCUACUGUGUGCACGACUCUGAAAUAUGUUUGGCAGAGUAAUCCAUUUAAUGAUGAGCCUUGGUACAACGAAAAGACUAAAAAAGAGAGAGAGACGUUCAAGGUCUUACGGAUGUUCACAGACUUCUUGUCGUUUAUGGUCCUCUUCAAUUUUAUUAUCCCGGUCUCCAUGUACGUUACAGUAGAGAUGCAGAAGUUCUUGGGUUCCUUCUUCAUCUCUUGGGACAAGGAGAUGUACGAUGAAGAAAUAAAAGAGGGGGCGUUGGUGAACACUUCGGACCUGAACGAAGAGCUCGGGCAGGUGGAGUACGUCUUCACGGACAAAACUGGGACCCUGACGGAGAACAGCAUGGAGUUCAUCGAGUGCUGCAUAGACGGGCACAAGUACAAAGACUGCAUUUCGGAGGUGGAUGGCUUCUCUCAGACUGAUGGACCCCUAAAAUAUUAUGGCAAAGCAGAAAAGAGCCGCGAGGAGCUGUUCCUGCGAGCCCUCUGCCUGUGCCACACCGUCCAGAUCAAGGAAGCAGACCAGGUGGAUGGGCUGAUAGGACAUCCAGAACGCAAAUACACCUAUAUCUCCUCUUCCCCAGACGAAAUUGCUUUGGUGAAAGGCGCAGAAAAGUAUGGUUUCACUUUUCUAGGACUUGAAAACGAUUUCAUGAAAAUACGAAACCAAGAGAAUGAAACUGAAAUGUACCAACUUCUCCAUGUGUUGAACUUUGAUCCUGUCCGUCGUCGUAUGAGUGUCAUUGUGAGAACCACCUCGGGAAAGUUGCUCCUCUUCUGUAAAGGAGCAGACUCCUCUAUUUUUCCAAGGGUGAAGCAAGAAGAAAUCCAACAAACGAAAGUCCACGUGGACCGCAACGCUAUGGAUGGCUACCGAACGCUCUGUGUGGCAUUCAAAGAACUAACUCAGAAGGAGUAUGACAAAAUUGACAAACAACUUAAUGAAGCGAAGAUGGCUCUGCAGGACAGGGAGGAAAAGAUGGCGAAGGUUUUUGAAGACACAGAAGCAGACAUGCACUUGAUUGGGGCUACUGCUGUCGAAGACAGGCUGCAGGAGCAGUCGGCAGAGACGAUCGAAGCUCUGCACGCAGCCGGCAUGAAGGUUUGGGUGCUGACGGGAGACAAGAUGGAAACUGCCAAAUCCACCUGCUAUGCCUGCAGGCUUUUCCAGACCAGCACCGAGCUGCUGGAGCUGACGGCAACAACGGUGGGCGAGAGCGAAAGGAAGGAGGAUCGGCUCCAUGAGCUGCUGAUGGAGUACCAUAAAAAGCUGAUUCAGGACGUUCCCAAAAGCCGGGGAGGUCUGAAGAGAAGCUGGACGUUGAGUCAAGAAUACGGCCUGAUUAUAGAUGGCUCAACGCUGUCGCUGAUACUCAACCCUUCUCAGGACUCCAGUUCUAGUAAUUACAAAAACAUAUUUCUACAAAUCUGCUUGAAGUGUACCGCAGUCCUCUGCUGCCGGAUGGCUCCUUUGCAGAAAGCACAGAUUGUGCGAAUGGUGAAGAACACAAAAGGGAGCCCCAUAACACUCUCCAUAGGGGAUGGUGCAAAUGAUGUUAGUAUGAUUUUGGAAGCGCACGUUGGAAUAGGUAUAAAAGGCAAAGAAGGACGGCAGGCUUCUAGAAACAGCGACUAUGCUGUGCCAAAGUUUAAGCAUUUAAGAAAAUUGCUACUAGCACAUGGGCAUUUAUAUUACGUGAGAAUAGCACACCUUGUACAGUAUUUCUUCUAUAAGAACCUUUGCUUCAUUUUACCACAGUUUUUAUACCAGUUCUUCUGUGGAUUCUCACAGCAGCCACUGUAUGAUGCUGCUUACCUUACCAUGUACAACAUCUGCUUCACGUCGCUACCUAUCCUGGCGUACAGCCUCCUGGAGCAGCAUAUCAACAUCGACAGGCUGACCUCAGAUCCACAGCUCUAUAUGAAGGUGUCGGAUAAUGCAAUGCUGCAGUGGAGGCCAUUCCUGUACUGGACCUUCUUGGGCGCCUUUGAAGGACUCGUGUUUUUCUUUGGGGUUUAUUUUCUUUUUCAAAAUUCGUCGUUGGAAGAUAACGGAAAGGUUUUUGGAAAUUGGACCUUUGGGACGAUUGUUUUCACCGUGCUGGUGUUCACCGUCACUCUGAAGCUAGCGUUAGAUACCCGAUUCUGGACGUGGAUGAACCACUUUGUGAUUUGGGGCUCCCUUGCCUUCUAUGUGUUUUUCUCGUUCUUUUGGGGAGGAGUCGUUUGGCCUUUCUUGAAGCAGCAAAGAAUGUAUUUUGUAUUUGCCCAUAUGCUGACUUCUGUUUCCACAUGGCUGGCAAUAAUUCUCCUGAUCUUUAUCAGCCUUUUCCCAGAAAUUCUUCUAAUAGUUUUAAAAAAUAUAAAAGAGAAGAAUCAUCAG